CGAAUUUCGGAUGCCAAUCCUGCGCCAAAUGAUUUCGAAAAUGAACAAACUACUUCAUCAAGACCGCCUUACAAUUUCGAAAGGCCUGAAACUCCGGUGAGGCCUUUCAUAACAGGGGUUCCUAUCCCGGAGCAGAUCGUUCCUUCGAUGCAACAGACCUUUAGGCCAGGAUUUGUAUCGCAAAACAGGCCUCCAUGGCAGAGACCUAAGCCUCGACCUCCAAUUUCACCCAAUCGACGUCCGAUGCCUCCAUACAAACCUUAUCCCACGAAUGUGGAAUACGGAAAGCCAGAAAGCAAUUCUGCCAACCACCCCGUUACGACGAAUGACGACAUUCUUCAGAGUGAAACUACAACCACAACUACGGAGAAGCACCAGGAAGAGUCCGAUACGAAAACAACAACCGAAACCGACAAUCACGAGAUCAUUACCGAAAUUCCGAUCAACGAAAACAAGGAAGUGACGAAACCUCCACGAAAAAGCGAAAAACCAAGAAAACCUGCGCCCGAGGUCAAAUACACAAUCGAUACUCCAACGAGCAGCUCAGAAACUCCAAUCGAAAUCAGUACGACCACAUCCUCGGAACAGUUCCAAACCGAAGUUCCCAGCGUCUACGAAAUCAACUCAAUCGAGUACUUGCCCUCGGAUUCUGGUUCAACGGCCAGCUACUCGCUGGAACCAUCGAUAAGUGAGGAAUCUUUCAUCCCCACCAAGGAACUGAUAACUCCUACCAAAACCAUGACUUCAACCACGUCUUCCUCAACUUCAUCAACAACCACUACCACCUCGACUGUGAUCAGUUCUUCAUCAACGACAACAACCAUGGCACCAAACCACAAACCGGAACAAAUCACCACAACUCUAUCGUCCUCUUCCUCAACCCCUACACCGGCACUAACCAAAACCACCACCGACUACCGGUUCCAUCCACGUCCGGGUCUUGUCCUAGAUGACCCCGAUUUUAAACCCGGUGGCAACAAGAAUCCCAUCCGAACCCAGAAUCCCUACAUGCAGGCCCCAGACAUCCAGACUCGA